UUCUCGAUAAUCGACGUUUGAUCUUGCAUCGGUGGAUCUGGAAGCUCUCGCUUGAGCUAUCGCUCUGUCCAUUCCUUCUAUAUUACUGCCGUUCGCCCCCUUCUUUCCGCCCCCAGUGAUUAUAUCCUUGACGCCUACAACAUGGUGGCUCAGACGGCGUCGAUACUGACGGCGUUGCUGUCGCUCGGCGGUCUCGAGCUGGUUGCAGCUCGGAACGCGGCCGAGGGGCCAACGCUGAAGCCCCGUUUCAUGCCGAAACACAUGAAAAGAUUGAUCAACUACCAAACCUCUGCUGCCCCCGGAGCAUCGUCUAAGGCGCCCGAGACCGUCGAAGUGCCCAGAUCCAACACGAACGUGCUCGAUUCGAUUCUGCAACCGCCCCAGGAAGCCACCGCAGCACCGACGGAAACGCCCGAGGUCGUUGUCAUCACCUUGUCCGUCGAUGCGGCGGGCAAUACGCAUACCUUGACGGGAACGCCUGCGGGAACCGCCUCAACCUCGACCGUGACGAGCUCCGUGUUGACCUCGGAGCCCGCCGCGGCCAGCGCCGCAGCAACUACCACCACCGGCUCGACCGCUUCCCAGGCAGCCUCGAACUCGGAGACAACCCCAUCAUCUUCCACGGGAGUUGAAUCGCCAAAGCCCACGGACGUCUCCACGUCGUCGGAGGAGAGCUCCACGGCGUCGUCGGCGAAUGUCGUCGGAUCGUCGCAGGAACCGGGUACAUCGACUACGGCCGUCACUCCGUCCGCGACAGCCACGAAGACCGGGAACGUGCUGAGUGAUCUGGUGAGUGGCCUGUUUGGCAGCUCAUCCAGCUCAUCCAGCUCGGAGAGUGCCAGCUCUGCCCAGCCUACUGAUGUCACGAGCGGAUCGGUCCCUGUAAUUCCGUCGAACUCAGCAACGGGUGCCAGCACCACCGAGGGCACCUCAACGGUGGUGUCGCCCUCGCAGACCGAUGUGACGAGUUCGACCGAGCAGCCAUCGUCCACCCCCGGAUUGGUCAAUUCAUUGCUGUCAGGCCUUCUGUCGGGCUCGAGCACGUCCAGUGUCUCGGAGUCGUCUGCGAACCAGGGGACUUCCAGCGAGGUAAUUCCAACCGCCUCGGUAGGCUCCUCAGUGACCGGGUCCUCCGGCCACCCUACAUCCAUCGAUACCAUUCCGACUCAGUCAGCAGUUUCGUCCGUCGUCUCCCCCUCGGCCACCACUUCCGCCACGGGCAAUUUGACGGAGUCUGCCAGCCAGCUGACGUCUAUCGAUGUGAUCCCGACUCAGUCGGCGGCUUCGUCCGUCGCCUCCCCCUCGGCCGCCACUUCCGCCACGGGCAAUUCGACGGAGUCUACCAGCCAGCUGACGUCUAUCGAUGUGAUUCCGACUCCAUCCGCUCUGUUGUCCUCCAUUCUGUCCCCCUCUGCCGCCUCAUCCUCGGGAUUGUUGGACACUGUGCUUCCGUCCGGCAUUCUUUCGACGUUCAAUGGCAACGGUUCGGAAACAUCGACCGCGCAGGCUGGAUCUAGCACCGCCAAUGGAAGCUCCACCGACCUGACAAGUUCUUCGGGGAUUCUGCCAACCAUCUCCAUCAGUAUUCCACCGGCCACGCCGACACCCUCCGCCGGCAUCUCCUCCGGAGUCACCCCAGGAGCUUCCGGAUCGAGCGGCUCCACCACAUCCAGCCCGGUCAUCCCCGGAGCGUCCACCGGCACUCAGACUUUCACCCAUGGACCAUCCGGCUCGGUCAUCAGCCCGGGUGUUCCUACAUCGACCAGUGGUGUCAUUCCCUCGACCGGUUCGACCGGUUCGACCAGCUCCAGUGGCUCGUCCCUGCCCUCGUCGGUCUCGUCGGUCUCGUCGACUCCUCUCAUCGGCACCUCGAAGCCCACCGACGUGCCUCCGAGCCAAAGCACCCCGAUUUCGACCAACACACCAACUCCCGUUCCCUCCACCACCCUGACCCCGACGAGCACGGAGCAGCCCAGCACCACGGAACAGUCGACGGUGACAACCCAGGUCACCCCAACCCCGGAGCCCACCACGACGAGCGACGCCAAUGACUGGGUCCCGUCCACGAUUCUGGUGGAGCCUCCGAGCCCGACGACGCAAAACACGGCCCCUCACACUACGGCGACCACGACGUCCACGCAGACCCAGCUCCCUGGGUCGAUCUCGCCCGGCAACGUCCCCGUCGAGCCUCCAGCGGACUCGACCCUGAUUCAGCUGGGAUUCAAUGGCAAGCUUCGCUACAGCUUUGUGGCCACGACGCCGCUGUCUUCGUCGCAGAUCUUCCUUUACAUUCCGAUCGCUUUGGAGUACGCGCUGGAGAUCCUCCGAAAGGAGGUGUCCAUGUUGGCGAUCCAACCCUACGACAAUUCGAAGAGCACGGGCUAUAUCGCUACCGUCGCCAUGGCGUACAUUCCCACCGACCAGGUGGAUGGGCUGCAGAAGAUGCUGAACAACCCCAACUCGCGGCUGUACCAGCAGGCCGAUGGCUCUGCCAAGGCGCUGAUAUCCAUGAUUGAUCCCUCCAUUCCUCUGGUGGUGGGCGAGUCCGGAUCCUCCUCGGGCAGCAGUGGAUCGUCCGGCUCGAGUGGGUCCAACGGCAACACUGGCGGCAACAACAGCAACGACGAGUCGGACCCUAACUCGGAUGCCGGUGCUAGCAGCAGCGGAUCGACUCAUGCCAGCUCGGUCGGCAUUGGCGUUGGUGUCGUGGCGGGAGCCGCCGCCUAUGGUGCGGGCAUGUUCUGGGUGGCUCGUCGCUACCGCAAGAAGCGUCAAUUGCACCAGCGGUCGAGCUCGAACGUCGAGCAGAUGAGCGAGGGCCGUAACGGUGCGUCUCUGUUCGCAGCGGGUGGCCGUAUGUCGCGCAACAGCAACAACAGCCGCGGCACCGGGCGUACACAGAUGAUCAGUGCCCCUGUGAUGGCCGAGAACUCCCUCGGAUGGAACUAAAAGAUAAAUGAGAUGUACUUGAUGAGGUCCUCUUUGGGACGAGGGUAGCAAACAAAAGCACAAAACAAAAAAAAAAAAAUAAAUCACAAUUAGACUGGGGGGAAUCUGAAUCGAAUCACUCGAUUCUGUGUGGCCCUUGUGGAAGCUUUGGCCAUUCAACUUCUGACUGUAUUCAAAUUUUGGAUAUCAUGUGUCCUUCUAUGUUAUUCACCUUACAUACCUUUU